AUGUCGCUCCUACACGAUCCUCAAUUCGCUAUCCACCGCCUCCGAACGUUGUACCUUCAGAACUCUGAUGAUGGCGUUGCUGAACGCGUUAUCUCUCUCAACCCCGCCGCACUGAAUACUCUGGCAUACAAGCAAGCGGGUUGGACGAAUGCCCAAACGCGACGAUGUUAUUCUCCGCCCAUUCCAGCUUUCGGGGAUAUACCAUUCAACAACACGCGACCUACUUUCAGAAACUCUUUAGAUGACUCAGAUCUAGUCCUUGCGGCACCUGCAGGUCGUGACACCAGACCAGGAAGUCGCAGGCUGAAACGAAGUGAGACGGGGACGAGUACGCAAAACGAGGGUUCAGAGUUCAGUGAUGACGAUGAUUAUAUGGACGAGGAGAUAGCGUUGCCUCAGAGCAUGAUUGCCUUUCCGAAGAGACCACUACGAAUGGCAAGCAACACGAAUACGUCUACACCGUCACAAGGGACGCCUAUUGCAGAUGAUGAUUUGAAGACCCCGAAGGUCCUUGUAACAGGGCCGUCUCGACCGAACAGUGCGUCGAGAGUGCCAAAGGCGGAUAUGGGUGAGAGUACGGCUCCUGCAGUGACGGAUACCUUCAAGGAUCAAGCGCGUAAGCUUGACCCCGUGCAGUCUAUGGUUGCAACGCAGAUGAACACGUCACCGGCGAUGUCAUUAGCGAACGAAGCCACUCUGAAUGUUGAGCCAUUCGAGGAAAGUGAUGCCUCGGUGACAUCAUCAGAAUAUGCUGGUACGAUCGGCUCAGAUACUGGAUUCCAGGCAAUGUUUACUACACCUACUGCAUAUCACAAGCCUUUGCCCAAGCCACGACCAAUAUCAACUAUCCAGCCUAGUAGUGCACUCACUGCUCUUUUCAAAGCGAAUGAGGCUGCGGAUCACAAUCCGUUGGCGCAUUACGCUGUAUUCUCUGGAAAAGGAGACUUGAAUCCGUUGCGUUUGAAGAUCUACCGACCAAGCGGAGCACAGCCCACUGUUCCUUGGGAGGUUCUAAUCCGAAGUACUGCUAAUGUUGCCGAAACAAUUGGAUACGCGCUAUAUCGCUACCAGGAGGAUGCCCUCAUGCCUGAACUGGCGCCAGAGGAAUUUGACGCAAAUCGGUGGACUUUGAGGAUUGUGGAAGAAGAUGGUGAGCCCGAUGAAGAUUUCCCAGCAUUGGAUCGGAAGAAGAUCAUCUCAGAGUUCCGGUUUGAUGAAUUCGCUUUGGUUGAGGCUACCGAAGCUCAAGCCCUCGUAAACGAAGCGACUACGCCCAACCCGAACAAGCAAUUCACUGCGAAACCCGCGGUGACCACAGACGGACCACUGACAUCGGGUACACCUCCUACGCAGGCUGCUGUCAACGUGUCAUCACCGAAUACCACGCCACGAAAGUCUGCGAAUUCCAAACCACUACCUGCCGAACCUCGAAACCUCAAAAUUCGGAUACAUCCGCAUACCGAGGGCGCGCCAGUAUCUACUGUCUCUGUUAUGCCGGAGACAUCUAUCUCCGAAGUGCUCGGUCAGAUCUGUCGACGAAAGAACCUGGAUAGGAUCAAGUAUUGUUUACGUAUUCCGGGCACAUCUACGUUGGUAUCCAACGACAAGACCGUCGAAUCUCUCAACAGAAGACUAGAGCUGGAGUUGAUCAAGCGUAAGCUGAUUGAUCCGACGUACGUCCCUGGUGCACCUCUGACAGCGAACAACCUGCGGCAAGAUAUGCUCAUGCCGGGAUACGGCGCGGCAAACGCCGUCAUCACCAAUGCCUCAUACCAGAAGUACAUAGUAUGGAGACGACAACCUAUGAGCUUCAUGGGCCGACACGAGCGUGUUUUGGCGAUUGAUGGAGAUUAUAUCCACAUCAUGCCGUCCGAGCAGAAGACGUUAUUCGAGAGCCCAAAGACGAGCAGCAUCCACAUUGGCGCUAUCAUCACGUGUAAGCAGUCAAGGAAGGUCCCGGCGAACUUCAAGUUUGUGGUGUUGAAGGCGAGGGAAACGAAGAGGUAUGACUUUGAGGCUAUCAACCCGAAGGAAGCGGCGGAGAUUGUGUCGAAGGUGCGAACAUUGAUGAACUCGCUCAAGGGAUAA